GUGCGAUAAGUCUUUCCCGAGGUGAGCUAAGAAAUUGCUGCUCGCUCUUACUCUUCAAACGUUCUGAACCAACGACAACAUCUACUAAUGUGAUUCUGAGCCAUGAGGUCAGUUUAAAAGCAUCCUUCUCGUCUGCUCCCAUUUCCUCUCCCACUUAUGCACAAGUAGGAAAUAACAUUUCCAGCUCAGGAAACAGUUAGUUCGGAGAGAGAGAGAGUGUGUGUGUGGGACAGCUGGGAGGACCGUGUAUCAUCAUGAACUCUCCACAUCUGAUACAAACUCUUCUCUUCGCUCUCUUAAUCUCCUGUUGCACUUCUGACUUCUUGAGUUACAACUUCACAGAUUACAAUUACGAGAGAAGUAUAAUGCUCAAUGAGUCGACCUACAAUUACGAGGGAAGUAUAAUGCUCAAUGAGUCGACUGACUUUGCAAUGUCGAAAGCAAAUCCCAGAGGCUUCCGUCCUCAUUAUGAAUUGAUACCAGUGAUUGUCACCAUAAAUAACAGAACCUUCUACACAAUGAAGAACCUCAGCAACGUUGACAACAUCACGAGAGGCCACUUGACUGGUGCGGUCACUACGGUGUUCAUUCCAACUCUCUACAUUCUGGUGUUCGGCAUUGGGCUGCCCGCCAACGCACUGGGGCUCUGGAUAAUGAUCACGAAAAUCAGGAAGCUGCCCUCCACCAUCUUCCUCAUCAACCUGGCCACCUCAGACCUGCUCCUCAUCCUCAUGCUGCCCUUCAAGAUCUCCUACCACCUGAUGGGCAACGACUGGAUAUUCGGCGAGGCUUUGUGCCGACUCUACACCGGGCUCUUCUACGGCAACAUGUACUGCUCCAUCCUCCUCCUCACCUUCAUCAGCGUCGACCGCUACUUCGCCCUGGUCCACCCGUUCCUCUCGCUGCGCUUCAGGGACAAGAGGCUUGCCUGUGGUGUUUGCCUGGGCACCUGGGCCCUGGUGUCUCUCUCUCUGCUGCCUUUCCUCCUGGUGCAGCAAACCUACCAUAUCCACAACCUAAACGUCACCACCUGUCACGAUGUGUUGCCCUUGAGACAACAGAACGGCUAUUUCUUCUAUUACUUCGCUUCCCUGGUCACCGUGGAGUUUGCCCUGCCCUGCGCCAUCACCCUGUUCUGCUACGGCUCCGUCAUCAAGACCCUGGCGUUCAACGAGAAGAAAUACAAGCGGGCGGCGGGCGCGACCACCCUCACCCUCCUGGUCUACGUGCUGUGCUUCACUCCCAGCAACGUCAUCCUCCUGACUCACCACCUGCAGUUCUUCCUCAACCACGACAGCGACCUGUACAUCUACUACAUGCUCAGCCUGGCUCUCAGUGGCUUCAGCAGCUGCCUGGAUCCCUUCAUCUACUAUUUUGUGUCCGACGACUUCAGAGCCAAGGUCCAAGCGACACUUUGCUCCCGCAAGGAGAAGGGCGGCCGGGAAACCUCACAAGAACUUUUACGUACCACCACCACCUCCACAACGACCAACUUCCUCUACACGUCCCACUCGAAGACCCCACACAGACAAGCCACACUGGCUACCAGAAUGCUGCCAUCACCCUCGCCUGGAUCAGUGGUCCUCCUGCUCGUUCUCAGUUGCUUAGCCACAGCCUUCUCCACACAUAACUCUGACGUGAUAGAAAAAGCACAAUUCCCCAAGUCCAGAAAAUUUCCCAUCUAUUCGGUUACACAAGAUGGUUCAAACCAGACCAUCCACAAAGUCAAUGAAUCGGUCACCAACUACCUGACCGGCAAAGAGAUGACACUGGUGAUACCCUACCUGUAUUUGGCGAUCUUCACCAUUGGCCUUCCCGCCAAUGCCUUGGCUUUCUGGGUUCUCUUCAGCAAAAUCAAGAGGCUUCCCUCCACCAUCUUCUUCCUCAACUUGGCCUUGGCUGACCUGCUCCUAAUGCUUGCCUUACCUCUCAAGAUCUCCUACCACCUGUUGGGCAACGACUGGCUAUUCGGGGAGGCCAUGUGUCGGGUGUCCAGUGUGAUCUUCUACGCCAACGUGUACUCCUCCAUCCUGCUACUCACCUGCGUGGCUGUGGACCGUUACCUGGCAGUGGUCCAUCCCUUCUUCUCAAAGGAGCUCAGAACAAGGUCAUUCGCCUGGUUCCUCUGUGGCGUUAGCUGGGCUCUGGUAUUAUUCGCCAUGCUGCCCUAUUACGUCACCCAGCAAUCCUACCCAAUCGCCGAACUCAACAUCACCACUUGCAACGAAUUCUUACCCUCCAUUGUCCUCGCCAACUAUUUCGACAAUUACACUGUGGGCCUGGUUGUGUUUGGGUUUGUCCUUCCCUGCCUCAUCAUUGUAUUCUGUUACGUGUGUGUGAUCAGAAUUCUAGUACUCAACCGGGAGAAUUACACACAGGUCAUUAAGGUGACUUUGUUGGUCUUACUGGUAUUUCUGAUGUGCUUGACUCCCGGGCAGGUCUUCCUAUUAAUCCAAAUUUAUACAAAUAACAUUGACUUUUAUAAAUAUUUCUUGAUUUUCCAAAUUCUCAGCACUUUCAAUAGCUGCAUUGACCCAUUCAUCUAUUACUAUGCCUCCAGUGAAUUCAGGGCCAAACUGAAGGGGGCAAUCUCUACUAACCAGAAAGGGAGCGUACAGGUGUCUAGUAAAACAAAACUGUCAAUGCUACAGACUAACAGUUCAUCCCAGGCCAGUGGUCCUGUGCCAGUUUAGAGCUCUAUUCAAUGAGAGGGAUGGUGUUCAGAGGAACAUAGGAACAGUGGCCAUUUGAACAUUCUCUGAGAACACAGAUGAUCUGUAGCCCAAUACCCUUUGUUUGCCUUUUUCUGAUUUGAAACUGUUUUGAGGAAGUGAAUUGCACAACCCCAUGUCUGCAG